CUACUCUUCGGUCUUCGCACUUCGCUUCGGUCUUCCUGGCGGCUGGCUCCUGCUUCCUCUCUCUGCAAUUGCCGAAAUUGCCUUGCCCAGUUGCCUCAUGCCUGCCGUCUCUAUUUCCUUCUCCCCUUAAUGGCUUAACCCUAAUCCCUAAUCCCUUCUCCAAACUCCAAACUCCAAUCUUGAUCCAUAGCAAUCAGCAAAAAGGAAGCACCGAAGCAUGAAGUUUUUCUACUCACCGCUGGAAUUGUAAGCCGAAAAAAACUCUGGAAUUGAAGCUUAUACCAGGAUGGAAGUAGACUGCUAACUGCUAAGCCAGCUCAAAGGUUGAUUAACCAUCUAGAAGACUGUUGAUAUUCCAUGCAACUGAAGAUGUCAUCAAAUAGUGAAUCCGCCACCACCACCCGCAGAGGAGAUGAUCAUUGAGCAACCACAGGAGUAUCACCAGAAAUAGCUCAGUAAAGUUGCUCUACUUGCUCUUUCAAUCCAUAUUGUGUUCUCAAAUUCAUCUGUGAUUAUAGAUUUUUUUUAUGACUUAUUCUUGGUUUUUCUUCUUCGUUUCUCUGGUGCAUUUGUGGGAUCGGUUUUCAUUGGGUACCAGCUAUUUGAUAAAAGUCCCCAACUGAAAUUCAGAGAGAGGGAUCAUUUUCUGGAAAAAAAAAAUUUGUUAUUGCUUAUUUUAGGUGAUUUCUAAAUUAGAAAUGAGAGGGCAAUCCGGCAGUCAAAGUUCCAUAUAAACAACUGUGGCUCCCACAUAGGGGGCUCAACACACAUCGCUGCUUGAUACCACUACACCAGAUGCGCUGCUUGUUAGGUGGAUCAAAUGCCUUACUCUUAUUAGAUGACAACUGACGCUUCCACAAACCCCCAGUCCACUACUAGCAGGACCUCAGAAGCAGAUUACUUUCGGCUUUGCAACAUCAUGGUUCCCCCCAAACAAAGAAUUCAUGAACUGCUGGUACUGGGAUUCUACUCAUAGUAAUAAGAAAUCAAUCGGUCCGAGAAUGAGGAUAGUGGGGCUGACCGGAGGGAUUGGAUCAGGGAAGAGUACCGUCUCCAAUCUUUUCAAGGCCCAUGGUAUUCCAGUCGUCGAUGCCGACGUCAUCGCCCGUGAUGUUUUGAAAAAAGGUACUGGUGGUUGGAAAAAGGUGGUGGUUGCUUUUGGGGAGGACAUCCUGCUUCCUGACGGAGAGGUGGAUCGCCCGAAGUUAGGUCGCAUUGUAUUUUCUGAUCCACAAAAACGCCAGAUUCUUAAUAGAUUUCUGGCACCAUACAUCUCAUCAGGCAUUCUCUUGGAAGUGUUGAAACUAUGGAUGAAGGGGUGCAAAAUUAUUGUGCUUGAUGUCCCUUUGUUGUUCGAAGCCAAGAUGGACAGGUGGACAAAUCCUAUUGCUGUUGUUUGGGUUGAUCCCGAGACUCAGCUCCAUCGGCUCAUGGCAAGAGAUGGAACCACAGAAGAAGAUGCUAAGAGCAGGAUUAACUCUCAAAUGUCUCUUGAUCUCAAAAGGACCAAAGCAGAUAUUCUAAUAGAUAACACUGGAUCACUGGCAGAUCUGAAUGAAAAUUUUCAGAAGGUAUUGGUCCAGGUCACAAGGCCUUUGACAUGGACAGAAUUUGCUUUAUCUAGACAGGGUGCUAUUGUUGCAUCUAUAUCCAUUUUUCUAGGCAUCAUCAUAUGCAGGAAAUGUUUGUGAUGAAAUUUCAUUUAUUUAUUGAGAUAAAUUUCAUUUAUUUAUUGAGAUAAAUUUCAUAAACUUCUUAUUGUUGAGCUCAGCCUUGUGAAAUUUGGAAGAUGUGACUGAUCCUUAAUGUACUAUAUAAUUGGAACUUAAUCUUCUUGUUCCUCACCUAAAAUAAUGCAGAAUGGUUUAAUGGAG